AUGAGACAUUAACGAGUUGAAUCACUAGGUCCAAUGGAAGAAGUCAGAAAGAAACACACAAAGAGUGAAAUAGUACUGUCUUCCAUGUUCAGAUUACCUAAGGUACAAGUACCACAAAGUAAUCACAUCUCUUUAAUCACUAUAGGUUCAAAAAAUGCAUUAUCGGUCAAUCCCAAUUGGUCUCAUUUAAACUAUCAAAACGAUAAUUCAAAAACCAAUAAUACCUUUGCAGAAAUAUAAGAGAUUCUAUAACAGUAAAUCACAUUGCAAUAUCCAAAUAUUCUACCUUAACUCAAAAAAUUCAUUUAAUAAUCCUAAAUGGGCAUCACUUUAACAGAAUUAUCUAAAAAUAGUUAAUUAAUUGACAGUUCAGUCAAUCUCUUUACCUAAUCCAUUUAAAUUAUGCUUUCGAUCAUUAAGGAAAAAGAACCAAAAAAAAUUGAAAUUAAUCCUUAAGCUGAAACUGAAAUUUAAAGAAAGUUUUCGUUGGCCUUAAUAAAAGAAUCGAAUAAUAGAGCAGAUCGAGAAACUUAAAUUAUAAACAAUGAGCUAAAACUUAUCAAUCAUAAAUUGUAGAUAGAACUAAAUCAGUUAGCCACCAAACUAAGAAAUCUAGAGAUUAGCAUGGAUGUUGAUCUUUUAAAAGAAAAAAUUAGGGAUUUAACUGAAGAAUUAAAAUAGAGGACUUUGGAAUUGAAGAUUGAAAUUUAAAAUAGAGAUCAAUAACUAAUCAAACAUCUACAAAAAAUAGCAUAAUUGAAAUCGAUAAUCUAAUAACACGAAGAGAAAAUAGAAGAAUUACAAAACUAUAUCAAUAGUAAUCAAGAAAGAUUCACUCAAAUGGAAACUACAUUCAUGUCAGUCUAUAAUGAUAGAUAUUAUUGGAAAGAUAUCGCAAAAAUGUUGGAGGAGGACUUAUUGAGUUAAUAGAUGAGAUAUCAGAAAUUUUUAGCCGAUGAAGCAAAAUCUAAAAAGAAACUAUAAAUGCUCCAAAGAGAAUUAGAUUAGAUCAAAAUAGAGAAGAGCAAAAGAGUCGAAAUUCCAGAAUUUAAUAAGGAAGCUGAAGAGAAUCUAUAAAAACUCUUAUAUUUAUUCACUAAAGAGAAAUUCCAUAUGGUUCAAAUGAAAGCCUUUAUCUAAGAUAAAAUGAGUAAAUUAAAUGAGCAAGAAUAACAACAAUUUUAGUUUAUGAAAAAUUUAAAAUUAGAUCACAUUUAUAUGGAUAGACUCAACAAAUAUACUUAUCCCAGAUAGUCAUUCCUGGUAUUUUAUGAAAGUCAAAUUAAACUUAUUGAAUCCGAAUAUAAAAAUAUUAACAGACAUAAAAUCUCUCUAAAUUACUUUGCAAUUAUCAGAGCAAUUUUAGAUGCAAAAUUUAAUGAAUUUCAGUAUUUAGAAAAUUUACAAAUGGCUACUAAAUUUGCAGAUUUUGUUUUUUCUUGGAUAAGCACUUUCUCAUUGGAUAAAAACACAAAACAAAUCAUUUAAGUGGGAUAAGAUUAAUUAGACAAUGUUCGCUUAGACUUUUUAAUGGACACUUUAAACCCAAAACUAGGCUAAAUACACGAAGUCAUAACGUUUAAUUAAUUUUUAUUUGAGUAGUCAUCACUUGAUGAAGUAUAUUAUUAUUUGCAUUGUAGAUAUAUGCUUUUCAAAGGGUAGGUUAAGAAUCUUUCGAGAUCAAAUUUCGAAACUAUUAUGUAUGUCCGAUAGGAAUAAGCAGAACAAUUAAUCUAAGAAAUUAUGCAUAAAUACUCUACAGAAUAAAUUAAUUAUACAAAAAAUGUUAUUAAAGAAAUGGUUGUUACUAAAAAUAAGAUUAAAUUGGUUGAUGGUCAUUACGUGCUACGAAUUUUGCUUGAACUUUACAGACAAGAAAGACAGACUAGACUAGCAGUUCUAAAGGAAAUGUUUCAUUCUUGUUUAUCCUUAUAGAGUUUUGGAAAAUACGGAGUAAAUUAUAAAAAUUUUAGAAAAAUCUUCUAAUUUAAUUUCCCAACUUCAUCUGAAAUUGAAAUAUGCUCCAUUUUCAGAGAAGCGCAUAUGUGUGGUGACGGUAUUGUCACUGCAGAAUCAUUCUUUACUGCUGCUACUGAACAAAAUUUCUUCAUAAAAUAAUUGUAAUUAAAUUACUUGAUGCAUCCUCCACAAGUAGAGUUUUAUAAGCUUAGUUAUUGUGAAUUUAAUCUGCCCUACUUGGAUUUCUAUAACCAUUACAAUCAAAUACCGAAAAAGCUUAUUCAAAAUGUUUGUUUAUCGAUGGGAUUAGAAUAUGUAAAUGCUGAGUUAAAUAAAUACUAUUAAAUUAUAGAUGCUUUGUUUGCUCAUCCAUAUAACAUAUAUUCUUUAUUAUAGAUGAUGACUAAAUUGAUGAAUCUUUUUAAUAAAAUACAAAUGAUAAAGAACCUCCAGAAAGUACAAGAGGAUUGGACUAGUAUUGAGUUAGAAGCGAUUAGACAAUUAGUAAAUCAAAUUCCUGGAGUGUUUGGGUUGGUUUUAGAUUUGGAUUAAGAAGAAAGAUUGAAUUUGAUAUAAAAAAAUUAGAAAAUUCGCGCCUUGCAAUUGGUAGGCAAAAGAAAAGCUUUAAAGUUUUAUUCAUUUAUUUCAGCAAUGUUGAAUGCUAAAGUCAAAUAGGAAAAAUAACCUGAUGCAUCACCAAAGAGAGGGGUGAGGAAAUCAGGUAAAUUUUGA